GUUCGCUGCACCUGAGUCAGCGCGCAUGCGUGAUUCCCUCCCCCUGUCGGCUCUUCUGCACGCGCUGCCGGGCAGAACAGGGACCGUUGGAGAGGUGGACGGCACGCGCAGCCCGUGGAAGCAGCAGCGGGAAAAAGACGGGAUCAGGAGUCGGUUUGUCCUGUUUUUGGCUCGUUUAGAGAAUUAAAACCGAGAGGAACAACGACACCUUUAUUCCGGCUGCUGAUCUUCAUCCGCAGAUGUUUGAAAUGCGAUGACUCUUCUUGGAUGUUAUCAUGGUUGUCCGUAAUCCUGGUGACCCUCCAGUCUGUUACUCAACUUCCCACCACCCCCCUCUGCUCCUGUCCAAUCAGCCGCAGCGAUGCAUGUCAUGGGCAGCGUCUCCCCGGCCAACAACAUCGAGGGAUUGUCCUUUCACGAAGACGUAGCUGUUGCUGAAGCAAUGUCACCACCUUCCUCUCUGAGAUUUUCACACAACAGUAAAAAUGGGACAAAUUUGCCCGACAAUCCUCCACCUCCUCCUGCUCCUCUUCCUCCUCCUCCGCCUCCUCCUCCUCUGCUACCCACAGGUCUGGCAGGCAAUCCAGGUGGCCUGAAGAAGAAGAAGAGGGUGAGGAGCUUCUUCUGGAAAACGAUUCCUGCGGAGAAGGUGAAGGGCCGCGCCAACCUUUGGACUCAGGGUCACGUGGAGCAGAAUUUCCAGAUUGACGUACAGAAAAUCGAGGAGCUUUUCACCCAGAAUGACGGUCCACCAGCCUCCACGACCAUCAGAGGAGGAAGGGCCCGGGUGUCACUGGAGUCCAAAGACGAGGUCUCCAUCCUAGACGCGAAACGAGGGCUGAACAUUGCGAUUUUCCUCAAACAGUUUAAGAAGUCCAAUCAGACCUUAGUGGAUGACAUUCACCAUGGCAACAGUGAAUCAUUUGGGACGGAGCCUCUGAGGGAGCUGCUGAAGCUGCUUCCAGAGAAAGAGGAGGCGAAGAAGCUGAAGGCCUACCGAGGUGACGUCUCUAAGCUCUCAUUGGCCGAUUCCUUUGUUUAUCUGCUGACUCAGAUGCCCAGUUACUCGGUCCGCAUUGAGUCCAUGCUGUUAAAGGAGGAGUUUCCUGGUGCCUGCGAGGCCAUGAAACGAGAUUUGAAAAUCCUUCGCUCUGCCACCAAAGAGUUAAUGUGCUGUAAGGAGCUCCACGCUGUUCUGCAUUUGGUGCUGCAGGCUGGAAACAUCCUCAAUGCUGGAGGUUCUGCUGGAAACGCUGUGGGCUUCAAGCUGUCCUCCCUCCUGUCUCUUGCAGACACCAAGGCCAACAAACCAGGGAUGAACCUGAUGCACUUUGUGGCUCUGGAAGCUCAGAAAAAAGACGAGAAGCUGCUGGAGUUUCCUCUGAAACUGAGUGCCAUCCAGGCUGCAUCCAGGAUCUCCAUGGAAACGCUGGAUGCCGAACUGCAGCUGCUGACUUCUCGCACGCGCUCAGUAGAGGAGAGCAUCCAGAAAGACACAGAGCUGCUGCAGCAGCUGGACAGCUUCCUGCAGAGCGCCACGUCGUCCUUGUGCUCGCUGCGCGGCAGCCAGCAGCAGCUGAAGAAGGAAGGCAGAGAGCUGAUCGACUUCUUCUGCGAGGACAGGGACACAUUCAGGCUGGACGACUGCUUCAGCAUCUUCCAAACCUUCUGCACCAGAUUUACAAACGCUGUCAAGGAGAACAAGGAGAGGGAGACGAAGGAAGCGGCUUGUCGUCAGCGGAUACACGAUGAGGAGCUGAAGAGACACUCUUGGUCUGGAGGAGAGGAGGUGACUGGAGCCUUCAGGUGGCGCUGCAGCAGCGAGACAGACAUGUCAGCUGCAGCAUCCAGAGAUGAGGCUGGACUUUUGCUUGACCUCCUGACCCCAAAGUCACAGACCUCUCCCUCUCUGAAUGCCAGCCUCGUCGCUCGGGGUCGCUCGGGGAACCUCCAGCGAAGCCGCAACUCUCCAACCAGCUCACCGUCGGUUGCUGCACAACGGGAGCUGAGCGCGCUGUUGGAGAUGUCCAAUGAACUCAGAGUUCCUCGACAGAGAGUAAAGGAGAACAUGAGGAAACCUUUGCCACCAGCCUCCCCUAAACUUGAGCCCCAGAGUUUCGGACUCUCUCCUAUGAAGGUCUCAGUUUUCAGUCAGGUGGUCUCACAAACCCACCUAGAGACCUCCUCGAGCAGGAACCCAGAAAACACCAACCAUAUGAAGUCCUCUUACCUCAGCACUGAUGAUGUGCAUAAAGACAUGAACAGAGUGAAUGACAAAGAUAAAGUUAAAUCUACCUCUGAUUCAAAGCAGCAAUCUAAGCUCAUCAACGUCUGGAAUAAUCGCGCUGUUCCCAGUUUCAGCAGUCAGGAAAAACUUCCAAACAAUCCGCCUGAGUCUGGUUUUAGGAAUAAAACGGAGGACCGGACUUCUAGCAGACAGAGUGAUGAAAGUAGCUCCACUGCUGCUAAAGGAAACAUGUCUGUGCUUUUAGAGAAAUGUACUCUGGUGCCUGAGCUACAGGUUUUUGACAAAGCCAACACCCGGACCGGCCGCGAUGAAGUCCGCUGCACUAAUCAUCGCCAUGACAAUGCGGUGACCACGGGUCUGGAAGAGGAGGGCGAGGACAACGUGCAGAACAAUUCCAAGGAGAUUGAGAAGAAGUCCUCCUUGGCACAAAAACAGAACAUCGAGGAACAAGAAGUCAAGGUGAUUGUCUGGUGUGUGACAGGUGUGUGUGAAGCAGCUGGAGAAAACGUACAUUCCCAUACGGAGACGGAUCAGUAUGAAGGAAAACGUCUGGGUGAAACCCAACAAACUUCCUCUGCAACAGUCACUCAUGAGUGUUCAGAAGGUCAGCUGGACGGUAGAACUACAGAGUCAGUCCCAAUCAGCAGCCAACCAGUGCCUGUCUCCCGCUGUACUGACCCUUCACUACCCAUCUCCUCACCUGGAUUACAUCCUAUAAAAUCUCCAUCAGCCACUCCAGAACCUACAACUAAUUCAGAACCUGCACCACCCAGUCUAGAACCUCCAUCUGCCAGUCUAGAGCCCGCAUUGACCCAUGCAGACCUUGCGUCAGCCACUCCAGAUCCUACUGUGACUGCAGAGGCAUCCAGGCAAGAUAAGAAAACAGGCAAUCCAGUGACAGAAGCAGGGAACUCCACCAACCAGAAGACAGAUGUGACACCUUCCUCAGAGCAAACAUCUGAUCAUGGAAGCAUAAACAAGAAGACCUCGAGGCAAAGCACAGUAGAAGGUUCUUCCACUGGUGGAAAAACAAAACCAGAACCUUCAACCAAACAAUCCACCAAGAAGUUCCUGAACUCUAAAACUGGAAGCACUGGGACAAAACCAUCAAACACAACCUCUACGGGCAGCAGAUCUAUCCGCACUCUUUACAGCUCUGAGAACCAGAGCACGAGUCGAGUUGUACACAUUACAAAGAUCAACCCAGGUUCUUCUUCCAGAGACAAAAAACCUGAAAAGCCUCCAGCUUACAUCCGGAGCUCCUCCAGAACCACAUCACACACUGGUCUAAACAUCUCCAACGUCAACAGCUCCUCCAUCCGUCGAGGAGAGAGGCCCACAACUGCUCCAUCAUCCCAUCGGUCGGGCACCACUAGGACCCCAGAGUCCAAAGAACUGAGAGAGCCGAAGGUUUCAGGCAGAGAGCAGAACCAGGACCUGCAGGGCAGGCCAUCCAUCCGGAAACCUUUAAUGAAACCCAGAACCCAAACAGAGGAGAAAAUGUGUCUCUCCAAGCUUCGAGCACUCAAUCAGGUCGGAGGAGGGCGCAGCGUCAGUGCUCCUGUCACGCCUUUACACAAAUCCAGAACCCCUUCAUCAUCAGUGCUUCCAGGUUUUACCCGAAGCACAGCAUCAUCUUCAUUCAGAAGAACCAAACCUCCUCCUGUGGCAGCUUCUCAUCCCCCCGACACUGGUUCCCCUAAAUCCUCCCCCAAGACUUUCUCCUCCUCUGCUCCAUCAGCUGCUCCUUCCUCCUCUUUUUCCCAACCAGCCAUCUUCUCCUCCAGAUCGACAGAUAUCCUCAACAUGUCCUCCCGGUCCCCUCUGAGAAGGUCUCAGAUCAGCAGAUCAUCUGCUCCAUCGCCUCUCCACAGCUCUCUGGCUCCCCCUAAAGGCCACAGACGAAACGACAGUGGCAGCUUCUCCGACACAUCAACCCAGUUCAAAGACUGGAACAAGGCCAGCAGACCCAGCUGGAGAUAACAGGAGAUGGGAGCAUAAAGUCCUGGCUGUUGUUAUCUCCCAGUUGUUCCUCUGAUUCUAGAGGUGGAACAAAGCUCAAACAGAACUUCAGACCCUUACCUUGUUCUAACGGGUCGCAGAGCUUCAGUGUGGAAUCAUUUCUGUAUCUUCUGCAUUUAAAAACACUUAAUAUGUCCAUCAUGUGUUCCUUUUCCAAUCAGUACUAAUAAUGUGCUUUAAAAGGUCCACAGAGGCCACAUUCAGAGAUGAAGACUAAGCUGUUGUCUCACUGAGUGAAAUGUUUUUGUAUACAUGACAUAUAAUGCUGGAGAUUUAUCAAAUAAAACUAACUAUGAAAUUAGAUAUUCUUGGAUUUAAAAGGCUGGUUGGUUCUAAAUACAUCUAGGAGAAACAUCUAAAAUCCAGGAAUUAUUCAGUGACUGCUAAUGUACAAUCAACCUGAAAUAUAUUGAUUAAAGUCAGUCCCGACAUUUGUCUGUAGGGGGAGCUGUUAGCUUUUUUAAUCUGUUCAUAUAAUCCUGCAGUGUUUAACGUCUCUUUCAUCUUGUGUCAAUAAACAAGAAGCAUUCUGUCUUUGUACA